GCUGAUUCGUUCUGUUGUGUGCUGCAGCAUGAAGUGGUUGAUUGUAGCAGCUGCCUGUCUGGCAGUGGUGAGCUGUGCCUCCCUCUCUCUGGACCAGGAGUUCAACGAAUGGAAAGUCAAAUUCGGAAAGUCCUAUCCUUCCCUUGAGGAGGAGGCACAUCGUAAAGGCCUUUGGCUCUCCAACCGCCAGGAGAUCCAGGAUCACAACCAGCUAGCUGAUCAGGGUGUUCACUCCUUCCGCAUGGGCAUGAACCAGUUCUCCGACUUGGAUCAUGAGGAAUUCCGUCAGACUGUUCUCAUAAAGAUGGACCUACCUGAAGACACAGCCCAUGGGGCCUCCGAGCCUUUCAGGGCCCCUGAUAAUGUAGGUCUUGCUGCCUCCAUGGAUUGGAGGACUUCUGGCUGUGUUAGUCCCGUCAAGAACCAGGCCCAUUGUGGAUCCUGCUGGUCCUUCAGUGCAACAGGCGCUCUGGAGUCCCAGACCUGCCUCAGGCAUGGCAACCUACCCUCUCUGAGCGAACAGCAGCUGGUUGACUGCUCUUCAGCUUAUGGAAAUCAUGGAUGCCAUGGCGGUACGCCUGAUAGAGCUUUCAAGUACAUCCAGGCCAACGGUGGCAUUGAUUCAGAGUCCUACUACCCCUAUCAGGCCCGGGUUGGCACUUGUCACUACAAUAGUGCAUAUAGUGCUGCCACCUGCACUGGAUACCAUGAUGUGACACCCAGAGGCAGUGAGGCAGCCCUCCAGUAUCAGGUUGCCAAUGUGGGACCCCUGUCUAUUGCUAUUGAUGCUUCCGGCUUCCAGCACUACCAUUCUGGUGUCUUCAACUAUCCUUCCUGCAGCCUAAGGCCUAAUCAUGCUGUGCUGUUGGUGGGCUAUGGUACAUACAAUGGUCAGGACUACUGGCUGGUGAAGAACAGCUGGGGCUCCCGGUGGGGAGAGCAAGGCUACAUCAUGAUGGCCAGAAAUGCCAACAACCAGUGUGCCAUUGCAUCACAUGCCUCUUACCCUACAGUCUAAGGAUAUACAGGGUAUGCCUCAUUCACAUGGAUGUGCCAGAGUCCAGUCUUUACCAGCUGGGACCAUUUGGAGUCUGAACACUACCUUCAGUACACUAAAUGAAAUAAAAAUGCUUGCAACCACAA